AUGUCAUUCUCGCUGUUGGACUCUGAUGAUGUCAUGUCAUCCAAAGGUAAUUUUGAUUAAAAACUUUUGUAGUGGGUGCCCGCAUGGAAUUACCUUGGUUAAUGACAGACUUGCUAAUAACUGGGCCGUAGGCUCGUAGCAAGCUUGUAAAAGUUAGGGGGCCGUUUCCAGGCAUAGAUUUUCUGGAGUGUGUGUGCCCCCCCCUAUAAAAUAUUGGCGGAAGGCAGACCGCCCACUCACCCAACUCCCCCCCCCCCCCCACCCCCGCGCUUCCUACCACCCUGGCUAAUAUUUUUGCUAAUUAUUUGUCGUCUGUUGUUUUUAUUUUAGGUAGCCACACAGUUGGAGUUGUUAAAGGCCAAGAAAGUUAUGAAUUAUUAAAGGAUUCAUUUUCAGAACUAUUUUCGGCAAUUGACAAAAUAGUCAAGGAAGGGAAAAUAACAGUAGAUGAAUGUGAAAUUCCUGUUGAAAUAUUCCUUGGUGGUGAUUACAAAGUAUUAGUCAUAAUCAAUGUUAUGGUCUUGUUAGAUUAACUUACAGAACUAAUCUCUAAAUUACCCAGAUGCACCAAAUGUGCUUUUUCAUUAUUUUUAAAAUAAUGAUAAAUCAUUACACUUUUUAGUUUCUGUUGUUACUGUUGGGUAUGAAGGGUGCAACAUCAGACCAUGCCUGUAUCUGGUGCAUCAUUCACAAGAAAUACAGGUGGGACUUUAGGAUGUCUAUUUAAUACUAAUUGAUAUAAAAUUUUCCCUCUGUAUGAAAAUAUAAAAGAGUUGAUGGUGUAGCAUUUUCCAACUGACAGAAGUCAAUACUUUUUGUGCUAUUAGAUUUGACAUGUCUAAGCUGGAGAAGUUCUACUCAGAGAGACCCAUGGCCAGAACCCUUGAAGAGAUAAAGAAAUGUGCAUUAAGUCAAACUCAUUCUUGUGUCCAUCAACCUUUAUUGAACAUUCCAUUGGAAAAUAUAGUUCUGGAUGAAUUGCAUCUCAUGCUCAGGAUUACAGGUGUAGUUUCUACUCAUUUUCCUCCCACAGGGAGCAGCUUGGUUAGUAUAUAUAAGGGGAAACUAAUAUAGUGUUAACCUCAGGAUUCUGCUACAAGGGCCUAGAUAAGGUACCUUGCAAAAUUUCUCUUCCCUAUUUUCACUAAGGGGCUGUCCAUAUGAGCCCGGUAAAGCUGGCUGGCCCGCUUGGUCGGGCUAGCCCGCUUUGCUUUCACAAGAGGCAGGCUAGCCCGGCAAUCAUAUCUAUUCAUAGUAACGAUUUCCUGCAAUAUUUUAGCGGGAAAAUAUAAUUCAUGUUUAUUUGGCAAAAUUUUAUUUCUGUUGACGGCAACAGCUUCAGGAGGUUUAAUUUCGAUAAAUCCCUAUAGUUUGGACAUUUUAGACUGUUUAUCAGUGGAAUAAAGCACGCAAAUUUCCAGCCCGGCUUGCUGGGCUAGCCCGGUUGUGCAUUCAUAUGAGCGCGGCAAGCCGGGAUCUCACCUCGCUCAAGCGAGAUCCUGGCAAACCGGGCUGGCCCGCUUCUCAUAUGAACCCAAUCCUAAAUUAAUAUACAAACAAUAUGUGAAGCGGGAUCUCGGCACUUGAAAACCAGCCCGGCUAGCCCGGCAGAGCAAUGGCUCAUAUGAACAGCCCCUAAAUCCCAUUAAUGCUAUGCACCUGUAUAGUUUUGUAAGAGCUUGGUAACCACUAGGAUACCAUAUUGAUACCAUUUUGAUUGUUUUGGUACCCCAGUGCAUUGCAUUAUGGAAUUUAAUGAAAAUAGUGAAUAAUUAUUUACAUUUUCUUUGCAUGUUCACAGACAUCCUUACCAGGAACCUUGUAACAGCAGCAAUAAACUGGGAUAAAGAAGAUAACUUUAAUAAACGGCCUUGCGAAAGAACAAAUAUGCACCUUGAAGCACUUAUCACUGCAGUUAACAACUGCGGAGUGUGUUUUAAGGUUUGGGAGAAACAAAAUGCUGAUGGGGGAGGAAGUGGCACAUAUGAUUUCACCAGCCUGAUGGGUGGAGAUAAAAAGCUCCUGUUAAAAUACCUUCCAGAAAAAUUAGAAGGUGUUAUUAAGGCAGACUUGAGCGAGAAUGUGAUCAAUCUCUGGAAGGUAAGUUUAUUAACUGUGGUUGUUUUUUUCAGACAGUUGCAAUAUGUAAUUAGCUCAUUGAGCUGCACUGCAUUCAAAUGUAGUCCCAUGUAAUUCACACGAAUUACAAUUCAUAAGCACAGAAUCCAGCCAGGAAGGCUUAAAAUUAAAAUUAAAAUUGUAUAUUUUUAUUUUACAAUUACUGCAGAAUUUCUGUGAUCUAUACUCAAUGCUGGGCAAAAUAGAACCAUCUGAUGAUUUUGUAACUAAUUACUUUGAAAAGGUAUGUUUUCUUUCAAAUUUGAAUGUCUUUUCCAGCGCAUAUUUUUCUAACCUUGGAAAUGUUGGCAUAUAUAUGAGUUGCGUUUUAGGGAUAGCUUCCAUUUAUAGAAACAGGAAGUAGGGUCAGUACUAUAUAUAUAUAUAUAUAUACAAUUCACCUAGAAAUAACUAUACCUGUCACAAGGGUAGUUACUAUUUUUAGAACUAUAUAUAUAUAUAUAUAGUUCUAAAAAUAGUAACUACCCUUGUGACAGGUAUAGUUAUUUCUAGGUGAAUUGGAUAUUGGCUUUUCAAACUUAAAAGGUGGUUCCGUUGAUAUACGUUUUCUAUUUACAUGUACAUUUCAGGCAAAGAAAUGGAUACAACUUUUUAAUUCUCUGAGCAGUGUUUAUGAUGGGUACGCCAAAGGAAAUGUCACUCCAUAUAUGCAUGCCAUGGUGUACCAUGUCCCCACAAUGAUGCGAAAGCACAGUGGUAUCAAGAAAUUCACAGGACAAGGUUAGUUAUGACAAACAUUACUUUAAUUCCUGUAUAAUAUGUACUGAUAAAGUGAUCAAUACAUGUAUUUUACCAGGACAGGUUAAUAUGGAGAUACUGAUUUAUUCUAUAUAUUUAAAUUAUGUGUGUUACAGCAACGUCCUAAAAUGUCAAUACAAAGUUUCUCAAUAGGCAUUUGAGGUGCGUCAGUCAAUUUACCAUCUUUAAAGAUUUGGUGCUUAGGAGUCCAACUAAGCACUGGUUUAAUUUUAAGCUGUUGUAUUCCUCGCCCCUCUCCAUGGCCAUAUUUAUCUAAGGUGUACCACCAAUGCUCUGGUAGCCUCAAACGUGCCAAAUCUUUGACUGAGUACAGCGAGAAUCCUUUGUGGUUUGAUUCCCUGCCUUUCCAAUGGAUAAUGUAACGCCAAAGGUCCAAGUCCAUUGGAAUAUAGGUAAGUGCCACAGAUUUUGAUCGAAGGCUCGUCGUAAUGGCCUGGUAAAACUGCCGACAUGCCGUUUCCAAUCGUUCCGGAUGUGGUGUUGGUGGUAUUUCAUAACCUCUAGAAAUUAAAGCAAUUGUUAUUAUUUUAUUGAGUUUUAAAAAAACAUUAGAAUGGCUACAAGUUGAAGUUUAUUCAAAACAGUAAAUUAAAACAAACAAACUAAAUUGAGGGCCCCCUAUACUUUUUGCGUGAAGCGUGAAGGGCUUAUUUUACUUAGCCGUGAAACGUGAUCGGGCCCCCUAUACUUUUUGCGUGAAGCAUGAAGGGCUUAUUUUACUUAGCCGUGAAACGUGAUCGAUGAUUUUCUUAAUCCGUGACUCGUGAAAAGGCAAAAUAUUUUUACGUGAAAUCAUAUUGUGAAGAGGUAUAGGGGGCCUUCUAAAUUUGUUGACUACAUGCCACUGGCACAACCUUGCUCAGCUGUAAUUUUUACCUCAAUAACUCUUCACCAAGAUGGCUUGAAGGUUCCCAUAAACAGGCUGUAAGCGGCCAGGCAUCCCAUUUUAUUAAAUACUCGUAUUCCUAAUUUGAAAAUAACAGCUUAGUGUUGGAGUAUUUUAAUAUAGAGGAGUAGACACAUGGGGUGCUUGUUUGGGUAGAUUCUUUACAAAAAUUCUUGCUCGAUGAAGAUAAUCUAACAAGAACAUCGACAUUACGAGCUAAGAACCUUCGUCUGCAUUAUAGUAUUAAUAUGAAGUGAAAAGACAACAUGACUGAAAAUAAAAAUAUUAACUUUAUACUUACGCCUUUGAUCUUUCGCUUUGAAAUUAUUCUUUCCACGCUGUAUUUCCUCGGAAGAACCUUUCUCUUUUUCCGCGGUGUGUCGUACAAUACCACUGAGGACAAAGAAUCCAAUUGUUGAUAAUCGAGCACAUUUCUUUUUCUCGCCGCCAUAUUGAAUUUACAGGUUUGCAACAGGCUCGCAGGCUAAAAUCAGGGGAGCAACCGCUGUACAACAUGUCUGGCACAUGACCGACAUAGUUGGCGAUGCGGCCGAAAACUCCGAGUGUAUUCAAUGAUAAAUUGACGAACUUGACUUUAUCAUAAUCUGCUUCCUGCUCAUUGAUUAGAUCAAGGUACUUUUGACGCUUACGAUUGGCGUUAACUUGCAGAUUGGAUUCAUAACCGACUGUAAGCUCGAGGAUGUAUAGACAUAUGUUUUCAGUCACCAGAAGAAGGUCAGGUCGUACGUUAUCUCCGGUGAUAACAGAUGGAUUCAUAUAGCCAGGAAUGUCCGCGUAAAGUGUGGAAUUUUUCACAGCAGUAAGUGUGGAUGCGAGGAAAUUUAAAACAGGAUCGUGUCGCCAUGUAAACCGGCCUUCGUCUAAAUAUGUCUUGCAUCCAGCAAUCACAUGAAGCAGCGUUUCAGGUGAGGAGCAGAAAGAGCAAUCGGAUGUUGAUGAUAGUCCACAUUUUGAUAGGUUCUUUCGUGUAGGAAGUGUGUUAUUGAUAUAUCGGAUGGUGAAGUUAAAAAUAUUUUUAGGAAGUUUGCUCUGAGCGGAUGACCAUAAAGAGUUGAAUGUGGAUGUGGAAUGAUUCAUGACACUAGAAAAGAAAGAACCUUGCGAAAUGAGGUGGUUUUGAAGUCUUUGUUCGUUUUCUUUUCUAACUGCCUUAAGUACGUCUUUUGUGUCUUUGUAAAUGUCAUACUGUACGCAGGGCUGGAGCUAUGGGGGGUGUGGGGGGUGUGACACCUCCAAAUAUUCUAUUCCAAGCUUCAGUCGGCAGGACGACUAUUUCAGUCAGCAGACAAAAAUAUUUUUCACGAAUAAAACUACUACCGAUAUGAUUUUCACCUGUUAUGUAAGAAACGGAAAUUUUGGUUACUCGAAAUUUACUCAGCAGGAUAAUCAUUAUAAUCGGUUAGUAAAACAAGCCCAGAUUGACAGUCAAACUACAUAGUGAUACAAAGUAUAUGUAGCAUGUUUGAUAGGUUACCAAAUAUGGCAAUUUAGAACAGGCUUUAUUUAGAACACAACGGGCGUAACUUCAGGGACCACGGAGCAGGGGGGGGGGGCAACAAUUUCCAUACAUAUGUAAUUUUUAUAAACUAAGAAUACUGAAAUCUUUCAGAUCAGUUAACAAUAUAUUUAUAACUUAUUAGUACUUAUUAGUAUAAGUAUUCAAUCUAUUUCUCGUUGGAUUAAACAAAUGACGGGUAAUGUUAGAUUAAGGCCCCGGUUACACGAUACCGGAUUCGUAUCGGAGCGACAUCAAUUUAAGGUGUUUUCCAGUCUUUUCUGCUAUUACAACUUUUCAUAUAUGAAGUUUUUGUUUAAUUAUGUUAUAUUAUCAGAAUUUUAAGUGCCAAAUUCACCUCGAGUAAAAUUGGAUGUCGCUACGAUGCGAAUCCGGUAUCGUGUAACUGGGGCCUAGGAGUCGUCUAUUAAGAAACCUUUUAACAGCAACUAGUAAAUUUUGAUUUCAUUUCCGGGGUUUGGGAGGUCUCAGAUUUCAAAAUUUCCCGGGGGAGCAUUCCCCCGGACCCCUGACAAACUCACGCCUUCGACGUUCGCUAUAGCCCCCUUAAUCCAAAAAUGGCUCCGUAGUUGACCCCCAUCGGAAAUUCCACAAGCUUCCAUGGCUAGCAGGUGGUCGGUGCAAGCUCGUUCGUCAGUCGGUUAAAAUGACCUUACACCCCCUGAAAAAUUUCCUGGGGGUGGUCCUGGCUGUGAGCUCAUAUGAUGAGCAGUUACGUAGAAAGUUCAAUUUUGAGAAUCGACUAAACCAAUUGGUGAAGGAAAUCUCUGACAAGAUCAGCCCAUUGGAGUUCGAGAUUAGACCAGAAGAUUCAAUAAGCAGAGCGGGUUCUCGAAGAAAUAGCCGGUUGCAUGUGAGUUCUGCAGCAAGUUCGGCCCCAAGUUCUGAGAUCAGAAAGGUGAGAGCGAAGCAAGCCGUAGCUCGACUCAAGUUGAAGCAGUUAGAGCACCAGCAAGAGCUAGUUAUGAAAGAGGUAGAAAUGAAGAUGAAACGGGAAAUGGUCGAAGUGCAAAAUGAGAUUGAUCAAGCGGAUCUGGAAGCUGAAAUUUAUGAACAAAAUACCGAGGACAACGAAGUAGAAGAAAACAAAUAUAUGCAUGUUAUAACCAGUUAAACCCUAGUGCAGAGAGUUUCUCACCAGUACACCGAACAAGAGUUGAUUGGAAAAGACGAGAAGAACCCAAUAUCGAUAAAUUACACUUAAAGGAAGAAUGCAAUAUUACACCUUCAAUACCUGCAACAAGUGACAGGCUCGUACUACCAAUCCCGAAUAUCGAAUAUUGUAGUCGAAUUCCUCCCAUAGACCUCGGGAAUGAUAGGAGUGAUUUGAAAAAUCUGGCCACUACUAUCCGACAAGGGUUUGUACUGCCAAAGCCAGAGUUACCGAAGUUUGAUGGAAACCCACUUCAAUAUUGGAGUUUUAUGAGAGCAUUUGAAAACAACAUUGAGCGGAAUACUUCGGACGAAAACGAGAAGUUACUCUACCUCAUGCAAUAUUGUAUAGGAGAUGCGGGUAGGGUUAUCAAAAGUUGUGUUACUACGGAUCCAUCAGUUGGCUAUGACGUUGCAAAUAAAUUGCUCAAGGAGAGGUUUGGUCAUCCGUACACUAUAGCAACAUCCGUACACUAUAGCAACCUCCUUCGUGAAAAGUGUAACGGACGGUGCUUCGAUCAAGCCUGCGGACAGGGUUGAGCUUUUGGCCUUUGCAGACCAGCUGAGGCAUUGUGAAAAUACACUGAAGGCAAUUGGGUACUUAGAUGAAAUAAACAGUGCCGAUAACUUGAAGAGAAUAGUCCAAAGGUUGCCCUACCACCUGAGAGUCAAAUGGUUGGAUAAAGCUCAAGCCUUACUUGAGGCUGGAGAGCGACCCAGACUACACCACAUAUCACAGUUCGUUAUGGCCGGAGCUAAGACCGCCAAUAAUCCCGUGUUUGCUGGAAUUCUUUUCGACGAAAGAAAUCAAAACCGGAACAAGGUUUUUCAGCAGAAACCAGAACAAAAAUCCAACUUUAAUAUUCGAGCAGAAGAAGAUGGAGAGAAGUUGCCGAACCGGGACGAAAUCGUCGUUCCCAAGCCCAAGGAGAACUAUGCAAAAACGGAAUGUCCAUCCUGCGGUGGGUGGCAUUCGCUGACGAAUGCUAAUUAUUUGAGAAGAAACCUUAUGUGGAGAAAAUAA